ACCGCGCUAAUCUCUGGGGUCUUUUCGGGGAGCCAGGGCGCUCAUCACUCGCGGGGAGCAACAGAAUGACAGCUGAACAGCGGCAGAAUCUGCAAGCAUUCAGAGACUAUGUCAGGAAGACUCUGGACCCCACCUACAUACUGAGCUACAUGAGUCCCUGGCUCCAGGAUGAUGAGGUCCAGUACAUCCAGGCUGAGAAAAACAACAAGGGACCCAUGGAGGCUGCCUCACUGUUCCUCCAGUACCUGCUGCAGAUACAGACAGAUGGCUGGUUCCAGGCCUUUUUGGAUGCUCUGUACCAUGCAGGUUACUGUGGACUUUAUGAAGCCAUCAAAAGUUGGGAUUUCCAAAAAAUUGAAAAGUUAGAGGAACACAGAUUACUUUUACGACGUUUACAGCCAGAAUUUAAGGCCAGAAUCAACCCAACAGAUAUUCUUUCUGAAAUGUCUGAAUGCUUAAUUAAUCAGGAAUGUGAAGAAAUCAGACAGAUCUGCUUCACGAAAGGCAUGAUGGCAGGUGCAGAGAAGAUGGUCGAAUGUCUUCUCAGAUCCGAUAAGGAGAACUGGCCCAAGGUUUUGAAAUUUGCUUUGGAGAAAGAAGACAACAAGUUUAGUGAACUGUGGAUUGUUGAUGAAGGUUUCAAAAGGCUUGAAAGUAAAGCUGUUGAAGAUGAUGGGAUGGAGAUGUCCAGCAUACAGAUUUUCAUACAGGAAGAGCCAGAAUGCCAGGUUCUCAGUCAGAAUCCCUGCCUACCAUCAGAAGAAUCUUGUAAUAAUUUGCACAGCACAUUGAAACCAAGAAAUUACCAGCUGGAGCUUGCUCUGCCUGCUCAGAAAGGGAAGAAUACAAUAAUAUGUGCUCCUACUGGUUGUGGGAAAACCUUUGUGUCACUUCUUAUAUGUGAACAUCAUCUUAAAAACUUCCCACAUGGACAAAAAGGGAAAGUGGUCUUUUUUGCUAAUCAAAUUCCUGUCUAUGAGCAGCAGGCAACUGUGUUCUCACGCCAUUUUGAAAGACUUGGGUACAGUGUAGCAGGUGUUUCUGGGGUAACGACUGAAAAUGUCUCAGUGCAGCACAUUAUUGAAAUCAAUGACAUCAUCAUCCUGACACCCCAGAUUCUUGUGAACAAUCUCAACAAUGGAACCAUCCCCUCUCUGUCUGUCUUCACGUUGAUGAUAUUUGAUGAAUGCCACAACACCAGUAAACACCACCCAUACAAUCAGAUCAUGUUCCGGUACCUAGAUCAGAAACUUGGAGAGUCGCCAGAUCCACUGCCUCAGGUCAUUGGGCUGACUGCCUCAGUUGGUGUUGGAGAUGCCAAAACCGUAGAUGAAGCCAUGCUGCACAUCUGCAAACUGUGCGCCGCCCUGGAUGUGUCAGUGAUAGCCACGGUCAAGGACAACGUGGAAGAACUGGAACAGGUUGUUUAUAAGCCCCAGAAAAUUUUCAGGAAAGUGGAAUCACGCACUACAAACACGUUUAAGUCCAUCAUAUCUCAGCUGAUGAGGGAGACAGAGAAACUGGCAAAGAAUGUCUCAGAGGAACUUGGAAACUUAUUUCAAAUUCAAAAUAGAGAGUUCGGCACCCAGAAAUAUGAGCAGUGGAUUGUCGCGGUCCACAAAGCGUGCAUGGUGUUUCAGAUGCCGGACAAGGAGGAGGAGAGCAGGAUUUGCAGAGUGCUCUUUCUAUACACUUCACACUUGCGGAAAUACAAUGAUGCUCUCAUCAUCAGUGAGGAUGCACAGAUGAAAGAUGCUCUUAAUUACCUCAAAGCCUUCUUCCGCAAUGUCCGAGAAGCAGCAUUUGAUGAGACUGAGAAAGGUCUUACUCGGAACUUUGAAGAAAAGUUGGAGGAACUAGAAAAAGUUUCUAUGGAUCCCAGCAAUGAGAACCCUAAACUCAGAGACCUCUACUUGAUCUUACAAGAGGAGUACCACUUAAAGCCGGAGACCAAAACCAUUCUCUUCGUGAAAACCAGAGCACUUGUGGAUGCUUUAAAGAAAUGGAUUGAAGAAAAUCCUGCCUUGAGCUUUCUAAAGCCUGGCAUAUUGACUGGACGUGGCAAAACAAACCAGGCAACAGGAAUGACACUCCCAGCACAGAAGUAUGCCCUGGAAGCAUUCAGAGCCAGUGGGGAUAACAACAUUCUCAUUGCUACCUCGGUUGCUGAUGAAGGCAUUGACAUUGCUCAGUGCAACUUGGUCAUCCUGUAUGAGUAUGUGGGCAAUGUCAUCAAAAUGAUCCAAACUAGAGGCAGAGGAAGAGCAAGAGAUAGCAAGUGCUUCUUGCUGACCAGCAAUGCUGAUGUAAUUGAAAAAGAGAAGGCAAACAUGUUCAAGGAAAAAAUAAUGCAUGAAUCCAUUUCAGGACUUCAGGCAUGGGAUGAAAUGAAAUUUGAAAAAAUGGUUCACGGUAUACAGUUGAAUGAAAAAUUCAUCAGAGACAGUCAACACAAACCACAACCUGUCCCUGAUAAAGAAAAUAAGAAACUGCUGUGUGGGAAGUGCAAGGCCUUUGCGUGCUACACGGCUGACAUCCGAGUGGUUGAGAAAUCCCACUACACUGUCCUUGGAAAGGCUUUUAAGGAGCGCUUUGUGUCUAAGCUACACCCUAAACCAAAGAGCUAUGAUAGCUUCGAGAAGAAAGCAAAAAUAUUCUGUGCCAUCCAGAACUGCCGCCAUGAUUGGGGAAUCCAUGUGAAAUACAAGAUGUUCGAGAUUCCAGUCAUAAAAAUUGAAAGUUUUGUGGUGGAAGACAUUGCAAGUGGAGUUCAGAGCCGGCACUCAAAAUGGAAGGACUUUCACUUUGAAAGGGUAGAGUUUGAUCCUGCAGAAAUGUCUCAUUGACCUUGAGGCUCCCAAGUCUCACACAGGGAGCGAUGACUUGGAGGGCAGAAGCAAUGAACCAAUCCUUUCCCACACACGCUUACACUGUGUCGAAUGCCAGAUGACCUGACCUGUUUGUACCAAGCAGUUCUCAUCCACACAAAGCACACACACACCAACUGUAGCACUCAAAACCUUAUUCACCAAUAACUCAUAGCACUUGGCAAUGGGGGGGGGGGGAACUUCCCUUUUAUACUUUUUAUACUUUUUAUACUUUUCAGAACUGCCCACCAGUGAACACAUAGCCACUGAAUACAUCAGGAUUGCUCAACCUGCCACACACUGGCUUUGCCCUUAAUCUAGGAAUUUGUUCUUUUCAAGGCCACCAGACUGACUGCCAAGUCCAAUGGGCACUUCUGGUUCUUGCAUUGGACUCCUUUCUUGCUUUUGGCUCUGUUGCACUUCUUCGGAUUCUAUUGGUUUCUGCUCCUUUCCAGUCUUUUUUCAUUGGUUUUUGUGGACAGUAUAGGUGAUUGCAAGGUUCAAUAUGCACAAAUGUAUGUAUUAAAGUGACACAUGCCUUUAAAAUUUAAAACACUAUAGUGGACAGCUAUGCUUGCUGAGAAGGUAUUUCUGUCCUGCUCAUUUACUACACAUCUUACUCUAAAGUCUGCUAUUUUAACUUGGGCAAUUUCCCAUCCUUGAUUAGACAUCUCAAGCCAUGUGCUCCUCCAACCCCAGCACCCUCUCUCCCUCUCUUUCUCUCAUUUCCCUUGAGACAGGAUCUCUGUAGGCCAGAAACUAGAUAUGUAGACCAGGCUGGUCUUGACCUCACAGAUCUGUCUCUGCCCCUCUAGUGCUAUGAUGAAAUGCUUGCCCCCCCUCUUUUAAAAUAUUUACCUUUAUUUAUUUCUUACAUUCCAAUCCCUAUCCCCUCUCCUCUCCUCCCACUUACCACCCCCAUCUGUUCCUUGGAGAGGGUAAGGCUUCCCCUAGAAGUCUACUAAGUCUGUCCCAUCAUCUCAUUGAGGCAGGCCCAGGGGAACAUCCUCCCGCCAAAGUCCCCCAAAGUGUCUAUGCUGAGCAAGGUAUCUCUUCAUAUAGAAUGGGCUCCACUAAGUCAGUUUGUGCAUUAGUGUUAGAUUUUAGACCCACUGCCAGUGGCCUCAUAUAUUGUCCAAGCCAUACCACUGCUACCUAUAUUAAGGGUAUCUAGUUUGGUCUUAUGCAGGUUGUCAGCCCUGAGUCAGCGAUCUCUCAGUAGCUCGGGUCAGCUGAUUCUGUGGGUUUCUCCAUCAUGGUCUUGACUCCUUUGUUCAUAUUAUUGCUCCCCGUUUGUUUUGAUUGUAUUCCAGGAGCUUGGCUCAUUGAUUAGUUGUAGAUUUCUGCAUUUGCUUCCAUCUGUUUCUGGAAGAGGUUUCUAGCUUCUCUGGGGUUGUGGAUUGUAGGCUGGGUAUCUUUUGCUUUAUGUCUGGUAUCCACUUAAACUAUAUUUGUCUUUCUGGGUCUGGGUUAUUUCACUUAGGAUGAUUUUUUCUAGUUCUGCCCAUUUGCCUGAAAAUUCUUACCACUAAGUAAUAAUUCAUUGUGUAAAUGUACCACAUUUUCUUUAUCCAUUCUUCAGUUGAAGGGCAUCUAGGUUGUUUCCAAGAUCUGGCUAUCACAAAUAAUGUUGCUACGAACAUAGUUGAGCAAAUGUCAUUGUGUUGUGAAUGUGCCUCCUUUGGGUAUAUGAUAAUGGUUAUUGGUAAAAUUCUUAAUAUGUUAUAAAUGGAUUAAAUGAAUUUUCUGGGAGGUGACUUUCAUUCAUCACUUUUAAUGUGAUACCUUUCCUUGCUGCUGCAGCUUAAGAACAUAAUAGCAUGUAUGAAAUAUGUACUGGAAAUUAUUUGAAAAAUCCCUUUAAACAUUACAAGAUUUAAUUAAAAAUCAUUUAUAUAUUUUGUGUA